CGUUUUAAUAAUAUAAAAUAAACCUUAAGAUUCCCUACGUAAUAUAUUUAAUACCUUAUACCAUACUUGGUCGCACUUAAAUAAAAAGCAGUUCAAAAAGUUAAGUUAUGCAGGUAGAUAAUUAAAAAGUAGAGCUAUUGGUGUAUGCUCUUGUUAGGUCUCUGACCACAGAAUACUUGGGCCGUGACCGUGAUCGUCAGUUACUUGUGGCUAUUGUACUACCCGUUAAUUGGUCUUCCAACUAAUAUGAUGAAAACCUAAUUAAUAGUACCGUACCUAAAUGUACAAUUAUUACCUAUCUUACGCAAUGAUGGAUAGUGUAAGUAGAUAUGCAGAUUCUUUAUCUACUGAAAAUAUGGUUUCUAACGGUAUCUAUCGUAUCAAUUCGCAGUAAAAAUAAAACUAUUGAGAAGUGUUUUUACAGUAGGUACCUUUAAUAGUAAGUAUUUGAUAAUGAGAUAAGAAAAAAAACACAGAUUGUUAAGGUAAAUAGUGAUAGUGAUGAAGUAUAAAUAAAUAACGAUACAAUUUCAUAAGUCAAAUAUGUACCUAGAGCUGCAUCGUUAAACUCCUGAAUAUAUAGGUUUGUUAAUAACAACCUUACAUGACGGCGCAUGAAACAUUUAUUUGUGGUGAUUAGCUGUUGCCCCAGCGACCACCCAAACCGAAGGCUGUAUUUUGACCAACGCUCAGUCCACGUGAACCUACGCGAGCGGAGAACGUUUGACUUCGCACCUUUGACUACCAAUUGAAGUAUUUUACGUAUUUCCCUCGUUUUACCAUCUAAAGGUCACAGACUUUGAAGUUUAUUAAUCAUGGAUUAACUUCUGUUCACCUUUUUGACCCAAGUCUUAAGUGUUUUUUUUUAACUUUAGUUAAAUAGUAGUGAAGAGAGUAGUUGUGCCUGAAUGCGUCUGGGUAAACGAAGUAAUGCCAUGACUCAGAGCGUUCAUACUGCCUCUGAGCGAUCCGGAAGCAUCCGCACUGUCUCUGAGGAGAAACUUAUGGUGGCAGUGCGCGUGCGCCCGCUCCGAACAGAUGAAGGUCCUCGCAUCGUGCACGUGGUCAGCGAUAAGAUGCUGGUUCUGGAGGAGGAGGCCGACAGCCGGCGUGACGUACUGCGACAGCGGCGGGUCAACGACAAGCACUACGUGUAUGACCGAGUGUUCGGCGAAGGCAGCACUCAAGAGGACGUCUAUGAUGCAGUAUGUGCCCCCCUUGUGGGCGACACGUUGCGAGGGUUUGCCGGCGCAGUGUUCGCUUACGGAGCGACCGGGGCCGGCAAAACAUACACCAUGACGGGCCUCAUGUCGCGAGCUCUAAGCCACCUUUUCGCAAGCAUCGCAGACAGCGAACAUCCUGAUCUGUUUGAGGUCAAGAUGUCGUACUUGGAGAUUUACAACGAGAACAUCCGGGACCUAUUGAACCCUGGGGCUGGUCCCCUGGAGCUGCGUGACGAGGGCGGCAGUGCGGCGCCGGUGGUGGCCGGCCUGAGCGAGGUGAAGGCGAACAGCGCGGCGCAUGUUGCUGAGCUGCUGGCUCGCGGUGACCGCUCACGGACUGCGGAGCCCACGCAUGCUAAUCAACACUCUUCCAGAGGACAUGCUCUUCUUAGUGUAAUCGUCAGUCUACAAGUAGAGAAUGGUACGCAACGUGGUCGAUUGUUUCUCAUCGAUUUGGCUGGUUCAGAGCGAGCAGGGAUGCGUUCUCGGCGCCUUGAGGGAGCCCACAUAAACAGAUCUCUUCUGGCCCUCGGCAACUGUAUCAUGGCUUUGUCUGGUGGUGCAAGAUACGUGAACUACCGGGACUCGAAGCUAACGCGGUUGCUUCGUGAAGUGCUAGGUGGGCGCUGCCGCACCGCCAUGGUGGCCCACGUGGCGCCGGGCGGGUCUCACCGGGAUACCACCCGAUCCACCCUGCACUAUGCUCAAAAAGCAUCUUCCAUUACAAAGAAGGUGGAACGAGAAUUAGUAGAAACUCCAAUGCCCUUGUCGCAGUAUCGAACUGUUAUUAACGAACUGCGGGAGGAAAUUGCUCGUCUUAAACUCAAAAUGAAGGAUGAUCGAACAAGCAUAACAAAGGAUUUCCAAAGAGUCGAAGAAGAAGAAAACAAAGAGGAGACAGCAGCAAGUGCAGCUCACUUAAAGUCUCUACGCGAAGCCAUCGUGUCCACAUUCAAGCAGCAAAUGCGACUCCGACGCCGACUCAUGGAGCUGGACAGUCAUUUGUUAGGACUGGCAUUAGACGCUGAGCGGCAACACGCUGCUAUCUCACACUGGGAGGCAAGGUUCAACCGGCUCUACAAACCAAUCAAUAUGCCCGGAUCAAGACUUAGCACGCAACAAAGCUAUAGGGGAGGGACUGGUCUUUCUACUAGCAGUAGUGAACGUGCGGAAGCAGAGGUGGCUGUAGAGCAGGCGUGGGCAGAGCUUGCAGCGGUCGAGCGAGAGCAGGAGGCUGCGAGGACAGAGAGAGAACGCGUCGAGAGACAGCUGGAGCAAGUGCGGCUGCGGGGAGCUCAGCUCGAACAGGAGUUGCCAGCGACGAUCAGCAGCGGUCCGGAGCGCGAAGUCCUGGCGCUAGUAUGCAGAGUUCACGAGCUGGAGGCUGACAAGCUGGCGCUGCAGGGGGAGCGGGCGGCGCGCGCGCACGAGCUGCGGCGCCGCGACCUCGCGCUGCAGCGACGCGACGCUCAGCGGCGGCUCUCCGACGAGAUCAUCACACGACAGAGGCGCGCCUUGCAAGAGGUGGGCGUGGGCGUGCCCCCGGAAUUGGCGCAGCUGUAUGAGCUCUACCAGCAGGAAAUCCACGCCUCCACAUAUACUGAGAGCAACGACAUCUACACGCCGCCGUACCGCUUGCCACCAAUAUCUACCAGUCUGUCGGAGCUGACAUGGUCGGAGAGCUCGAGUGGGUCAGGGCGCGGCUCCAGCUCGGGGUCAGGCGGCACGCUUACCUACGACUACCGUCUGCCACGGCUCGCCCCUACCCCGCGGCCUAGGACCAGAUACAGUCAAGCCAGUGCCUCUGGCCUGAAGAGAUACGCGAGUGACGACAGCCUGGUGACGGCGGUGCACCGCGAGGACGCCGGCGCACCCUGACUUUUCCACGACCCAACUCUGGUCUUGUUUUCUGUGGACUCGCACUGUCUUCAUGUGUCACCACAAGUAAUGGUACAAAACUAACAAGUUUUAAAGUCUAAAGCUGACUUUUUUCACGUCUAAUGGGAUGGAUUCCCAUUUACGACGAUCUCUACUUCAGCUACUUUUUUGGAUUCAGGCCAAGAGAAAAUCCGUCCUUUUUGACGUUCUCUACUUUCCCAGAAUAAAUUAUCUAGUCAUUUUAAUAUUGCCGUAAAAGCCUUCACUUGAUUUUGGCUUUAUUACUCUACAGCUUCGGAAAGAUGGUAAUGUUUUUAAACGAAAGAAGAAGCCAUAUUUCUUUUAAUUGUGUCUUGUACUUGAGAUUGUACACAGAUUGAUGUUUCACGUAGAUCACUUAGUUGUGUUGGGGUGUUAUUGUAAGUUUGCUCAUAUUGCUCUUCAGUUAAACAGAUUUCGUUUUGUAAUAUAUUUAUCUAUUCAUUAAAAGUAUUAUACGCCAUUGUCGGCAUGGAAA